AAUGCGGAACUCCCCGCAGCCCGUGACAGCUCGGCGCGAGAGCGUCCCGGAGCAGAGCCGAUCGGCUCUACGGUUCAUGGUGGUCGCGGGAUCGAGGGGCAUAGGAUCCGGACACACACACACAGCCAGUGCCGCGUGUGUCUGUAUGGGUGUGUAUGUAUGUGCGUGCGUGCGUGAGUGCGUGUGCGCGCGCGCGCGCGCGCAACGUGCGUGGAUCGUAACCGAGACAUCGCGCCGCACACAAAGCCAGCUCGCGCAGGUUGUAUUGCACUUUUCCAAGACGUACAAGUAUCCGUGGAUUCAGAAUGACUUUCAGGGCUUAUGAGAGGCUCCCUUGUUCCUAGUUCUACAGUCUCCACACUGGAUUGCCAACACCCAGUGAGCUGGUGUUGUGCCCAAGUUGCAAUGACAUAGAGGAGCUCCCGUUUCAAACAUGGAGAAAAAGAAACCAUGCCCCCGCUUACUGGACUACCUGGUGGUGGUCGGUGCCAGGCAGCCAAGCAGUGACAGCGUGGCCCAGACGCCCCGACUGCUGCGGCGCUACCCUCUGGAGGACCACCCUGACUUCCCGCUCCCGCCAGACGUGGUGUUCUUCUGCCAGCCCGAGGGGUGCCUAAGUGUGCGGCAGAAACGGAUGAGCCUGCGGGAUGAUACCUCGUUCGUCUUCACGCUCACAGAAAAGGACUCGGGUGUGACGCGCUACGGCAUCUGCGUCAACUUCUACCGCUCUUUUCAGAGGCGCCUGGCCAAGCCAGAGAGGCCCGAGGGACAGCGCAGUCGGGAAAGGCCUCCCCGGACACCUGCUGCCCCGGUUGGGGAGCCAAGCGCCAAUCAGGAGGAGGCGGGCAGCGAGAGCUCGGAGAGCGGCUCUUCCCUGCCGCCCCCGGGUGCUGACCCAGGGCCCGAUGCGGGCAGAUCACCUCGCCGCAAGCGGAGCGCCAGACCUGCCCCACGGAAUCGCAAUAGCACCCUGACCUCCCUGUGCAUCCUAAGCCACUACCCCUUCUUCUCCACCUUCAGGGAGUGCCUCUACAUCCUCAAGCGGUUCGUGGACUGUUGCAGUGAGAGGCUUAUCCAGAAGGCCAUUGUGCCCAAGGGCGUUCAGAGGGACACCAUGUGGCGUGUGUUCACUGGGGCUUUGUCGCUGGAGGAGAAGGGCAGCGCCCUGCUGCAGGACCUGCGGGAGAUCGAGUCCUGGGUGUAUCGGCUGCUGCGCUCGCCUGUGCCCACGGCCGGCCUCCAGCGGGUCGAUGUGGAGGUGCUGCCUAGGGAGCUGCAGCCCGCCCUUACCUUCGCCCUGCCCGACUCCUCGCGCUUUUCCAUGGUGGACUUCCCACUGCACCUGCCCCUCGAGCUGCUGGGUGUGGACGCCUGCCUGCAGGUGCUCACCUGUAUCCUGCUGGAGCACAAGGUGGUACUGCAGUCGCGAGACUACAAUGCUUUGUCUAUGAGUGUCAUGGCCUUUGUAGCCAUGAUCUACCCACUGGAGUACAUGUUCCCAGUGAUCCCGCUGCUGCCCACAUGCAUGGCGUCCGCAGAACAGCUACUCCUUGCUCCCACUCCAUACAUCAUCGGUGUCCCAGCCAGUUUCUUCCUUUACAAAUCCGAUUUCAAGAUGCCGGAUGACGUGUGGUUGGUGGAUCUAGACUGUAACAAGGUCAUCUUGCCCAGCAAUGCUGAGAUUCUCCCGCCUCUUCCUGAGCCGGAGGCUUCAGAACUUAAGAAACACCUGAAACAGGCCUUGGCAAGCAUGAGUCUCAACACACAGCCCAUCCUCAACCUGGAGAAGUUCCACGAGAGCCAGGAGAUUCCCCUGCUUGCGAGCCGGGACAGCGCCUGCACCCCCUCCACAGAGUUCAACCCCCUCAUCUAUGGCAACGACGUGGACUCCGUGGAUGUCGCCACGAGGGUGGCCAUGGUGCGCUUCUUCAACUCCCCCAACGUGCUGCAGGGUUUCCACAUGCACACGCGCACCCUGCGCCUCUUUCCCCGGCCCGUGGUCGCUUUCCAGGCCUCCUCCUUCAUGGCCUCGCGCCCGCGCCGCUCUACCUUUGCUGAAAAGCUGUCCCGCACGCAGGCCGUCGAGUUCUUCGGAGAGUGGUCCCUGAACCCCACCAAUCAGGCGUUCCAGAGGAUCCACAACAAUGUGUACGACCCUUCUCUGAUUGGGGACAAGCCAAAGUGGUACGCCCACCAGCUGCAGCCCAUCUACUACCGUGUGUAUGACAGCAACUCUCAGCUGGCCGAGGCCAUGAGUGGUCCACUAGAGGCGGAGAACGGGCCUGACGACGACUCGGACCCAACAGAUGAUAGUGGCAGUGACAGCGUUGACUAUGAUGACUCCAGCUCUUCCUACUCCUCACUCGGGGACUUUGUCAGCGAAAUGAUCAAGUGUGACAUACAAGGGGACACACCAAGUGAGGACCCUCUGACGCAUGCUGCCUUGGGGGAUGCCAGUGAAGUGGAAUUCCAAGACUUCCAAGAGUAUCGGGGUGAGGCGGCCGGCCUACCCCUGGAGGGCGAGGUCCCCACAGAGGGCCUGCAGCCCAAGUCUAGCUCCAGCACCACAGCCAGCUCCAGCCCCAGCACCGUCAUCCAGGGCGUCAGCCACGAUCCGGGCGAGCCGCCUGACAUGGAGGUGACGGGCCUGGCUGGGGGGGCAGUGCAAAACCACCUCCCAGUUUUAGGGGCUCAGGCUUUCCCCAGGAUGGGCUCCAUGCGGCAGGAGAACGAUGGGGCGGCCCCCCCGGACUCCUCGGCACAAAAGAAGGAGUAUGACAACCCCUACUUCGAACCACAGUAUGGUUUUCCUACGGAGGAUGAAGCUGAUGCCGAUGGUGAGGAGGAGAGCUACACGCCACAAUUCAGCCAGAACCUCCACGGUAACAAGCCCCAGAAUCCCCUGAGGCCCAACAGCCUGAAGCUGUCUGGAGACUCGGACGGCGAGUCGGACUCCCAUGCCAGUUCUCCCAACUCCACUAUCUCAAACAACAGCACCGAUGGCUUUGGUGGCCUCAUGUCCUUUGCUAGCAAUCUGUACAAGAAUCAUGGCACCAGUUUUAGCCUCUCCAACCUGGCUUUGCCCAGCAAGACGGCCCGGGACAAGGCCAACCCCUUUCCCAGUCUGAAAGUAUUUGGGCUAAAUUCUCUAAUGGAGAUAAUAACAGAAGCUGGCCCAGCGAGCGGAGAAGGGAACCGUCCGCCAAGAGCCCUCGUGGACCAAAAGUCGUCCGUCAUUAAGCACAGUCCGACAGUAAAGAAGGAGUCCCUCUCCCCUCAGGGUCGGGCAAACAACAGCAGUGAAAACCAGCAGUUCCUGAAGGAGGUGGUACAGAGCGUGCUGGAGGGCCAGGGUGUGGGCUGGCUCAACAUGAAGAAAGUGCGCCGCCUGUUGGAGAACGAGCAGCUGCGUGUCUUCGUCCUGAGCAAACUGAACAGGGCUGUCCAGUCUGAAGAGGACGCCAGGCAGGAGACCAUCCACGAUGUGGAGGUCGGCCGGAAGGUGUAUAAGGGGAUGCUGGACCUGCUGAAGUGCACGGUGUCCAGCUUGGAGCAUUCGUACAGCAACGCAGGCCUGGGCGGCAUGGCCAGUGUCUUCAGUCUGCUGGAGAUCGCACGCACACACUACCAGACCAAAGAGCCUGAGAAGCGCAAGCGGAGCCCCAGCGAUGCUGGGGGCAGUAGCAGCCCAGGCAGUAAGGGCAGCCUGACACCCAGAGGGGAUGCUGCCCCACCCCUGCGCCCCCUGCUGGAGCCCAAGCUCCAGCUCUACCCGCCUGCCCCUUCUGCCACCAAGGGGGCUCGCCAGUAUGACACCCGGAGUCUGAACGAAGAAAAUUUUAUUGCCUCUAUUGAAUUGUGGAGCAAGCACCAGGAUAACAGAAAGCAAAAAGCUUUGGAAAAACAGAGGAUGGAGGCGACAAAAGGGGUCAAGCAGGUCAUCGACCAAGGGGACACUGAUGAAAAGAAGUCUCAAAUCAGUGCAGACAGUGGCCUGAGCAUGACCUCCGGUUCCCAGAGGAGUGAUUCUGAGUCAAUAGCCAGCACCAAGCUCCCAGGACUGACUCGAAGCACUAGCCAAGACUCUGAAGCCAGCACAGUGGUGAGCAACAGCUCUGGGGAAACGUUGGGGGCCGACAGCGAUCUCAGCAGUAACGCGGGUGAUGGUCCAGCUGGAAGGCUGCCUGCCCAUCUUACUGUGUCCAGGGGAACCCUCUCUGACAGUGAGAUCGAGACCAACCCGGCCACCAGUUCUGUGUUCGGAAAGCCACACAAGCUGAAACCAGGUCUGGCAGAACCGCGUGGCAGCUUGGGAAGGGGGGCUGCUAUCCCUCCCGUGGAGGACAUGAGCACGAGGAUUUACCUCUGCGAAGGCCUGCUGGGGCGGGACAAGAGCUCAGUGUGGGACCAACUGGAGGAUGCUGCCAUGGAGACCUUCUCUUUGAGCAAAGAGCGCUCUACACUGUGGGAUCAGAUGCAGUUUUGGGAGGAUGCCUUCCUGGAUGCGGUCAUGCUGGAGAGAGAGGGCAUGGGCCUGGACCAAGGUCCUCAGGAGAUGAUAGACAGGUAUCUGUCACUUGGGGAACAGGACCGUAAACGCUUAGAAGACGAGGAAGACCGACUGUUAGCCACGCUGCUGCAUAAUAUGAUGGCCUACAUGCUCAUGAUGAAGGUGAAUAAGAGCGACAUCAGGAAGAAAGUGAGACGUCUUAUGGGGAAGUGUCACAUCGGCUUGACCUACAGUCAGGAGAUCAACGAGGUCCUGGACCAAUUGUCUGAACUGAGUGGGCGCGAGCUGUCGAUCAGGCCCAGUGGCAGCCGUCACAUCAAGAAGCAAACUUUUGUGGUGCAUGCUGGGACGGAUACCACAGGAGACAUUUUCUUCAUGGAGGUGUGUGACGACUGCAUCGUGCUACGCAGCAGCAUUGGCACAGUGUAUGAGCGCUGGUGGUAUGAGAAGCUCAUCAACAUGACCUAUUGCCCCAAGACCAAAGUCCUUUGUCUAUGGAGACGCAAUGGCCAGGAGACGCAGCUCAAUAAGUUCUACACCAAGAAGUGUCGAGAGCUCUAUUACUGUGUGAAGGACAGCAUGGAGCGUGCAGCGGCGCGCCAGCAGAGCGUUAAGCCAGGUCCAGAACUGGGUGGAGAGUUCCCUGUACAAGACAUGAAGACAGGUGAAGGCGGCCUGUUGCAGGUCACACUGGAGGGCAUCAACCUCAAGUUCAUGCAGAGCCAGGAGCGGAAGGUUUUCAUAGAGCUGAAUCACAUUAAAAAGUGCAAUACUGUCAAAGGCGUCUUUGUCCUGGAGGAAUUUGUUCCUGAAACUAAAGAAGUGGUGAUCCACAAGUACAGGACCCCAAUGGCACACCAGAUCUGCUACUCCGUGCUGUGUCUCUUCUCCUAUAUGGCGGCAGUGCGGGGGAAGGAGAAUGAAAGCAAGCCCAGGGCUCAACCCCCAAGACCUGUACCCAGCUAGUUCCUGCCCCUCGCUGCCCAGUCUGUCCCCCCCAGCUUUUCCCAGGCCUGGAACAUCAGGUCGCUGGCUGCCUCAUUGGACAGGAAGAGCGUUUGUGUCUUUGAGUUCUGUUUCAUGCUUCCUGGUAGCCUGUGCUGCCUGUGCUUCCUCUGCUCAUUGCCCCACCUAUCAGACUGCUUACUUAAUAUGGGUCCUUUUUAAAUAUAACACUGAAUGCACCAGUUCUGGUCCCCUUCCUGUCUAUGCUCCAGCACCUUCGCCAUGUUCCCGCAGGAAUGUUUUUACCCGGAAGUGAAACAGUCUGUCAGCCCGCCGCCAUCUUGUGAGAACACACGUCAAACGGUGUCAGACGCGCAGUGGCCGCGUGUCCGUAUUGCACACUUUUAUCACAUCUAGCCAAGGCUUAGGCUGUACAUAUAAUAUGCUCUUUAUGGUAUCGUAAACUUAAUUUUCGUCAGAAUCGCUGAAACGUUUAGGAAGCACAGUGAUAGGAUGUCUGGAAAUGUUGCAGCUGAAUGUGAGCAGUUGAGGUAUGGUGAUUCAGUGCUAAGGUUAGGUGGCGAGACUUGCCGCACAGGUAAAAGGGCAACUACACCGAAGAAGUCCCGUUGUAUGGCUUUUUAAACCUCCUCGAGUUUCAGUAUUGUGAGUGGUCAAAAAUGUGCAUCUCCUUCGCUUGCCAACGGAGGCUUAGCUACUGUACUUGUUAUAAUGUUUGUAUCCGUGGUCAGCGCUGUUGACCUGCAUGUUAAUAAUACAAAUACGUUUAGAAUUAAAUGCAGUACAUUUCACUUUAAAAGUCAAAUGUUACAAUUCAGCUGUUGUCCGUCCUAUAGAUGUGCAAUACAGUGCAUCGUGACUCAAAAGAUCAGACCCAGCCAAUAAAAGGAAGUGAAGUUGAUCUUUGCUUUAUGUAUAAAUUUAGUGACAGUAAAUAGGAAAGUAGUGGAUUAAGCCACUGGGUGUAAUUACUGUCUAAUCUUUUUUUCUCGGUCCUGUUGUAAUAUGUGUAUGUUCCCGGUGGAAAAAAGUCUGUCCCAUAAUAGGCUUUAGCAGCAUUGUUAGGGUGAGUAACACAUGGGAAAACCUAGAAGCCAUAGACUUUGGUAUUUUUUAAGUUCUGUUCCGCCGGACUAUUUUUAAGGACGAAAUUCAUGAAUAUGCGUGCACAGACAGAUUGUUACCACUUAUUUAAGAAACUAAAUUGUUUAGAUGUACCGUACUGAGAAAAAAACCAUAAUAGGAUGUAAAUAUUGCUGUUAAAAAUCUAAUGUUAAAAAACAUUGCCCAAACUGGUGUUUGGAUCUGAAUGAGGGAGAAGUACAAUAUUCUGUACUGCAUUAAACAAUUCUGAAAAUGUAAAGCAAUUUAAAACAAUACAGUUGUUAAUAAAUUAGUCUGCUACUGUAGAGGCAAGGAAAUAAGAAAGAGGGACAAGAGGUGUAUAUAUUUCAGUGUCAAAAACUAUUUAUAGAAAUUGUACAGCUUUGGCAAUAAGAAAAUAAACGAUGUUGAACCUGAAGAAUUCAUCUUAUGAAUAAUUGUCAUCUUUGUUUUGCUGUACACAACAUUCUGGAACAGAGUGUAUGUAUUAAUGCAUACAAUACCGGCUACUUUUGAACCCACACAUGCAA